GUCAAGCUAUGAUCGUCUGACGACCCGCGUAACAUACCUAACCCUCCCGACAGAAACAUAACAGCCAAGAACACACUCAAGUAAUUCAACGCGUCACACCGUUUAUAAUCGUUUUUGUCCAAGUACACUGUACACAUCAGCUCAUUGUCCCCUUGCUGCAAGGAGGGCCAAUGUGUUUGGCCACUUUAUUGGCUACAGUUGCAAAUGUUGAACAGCAAUGUUAGAUCUUGGGCACCUACAUAAGGGGACUUCAGUGUCGAGCAGAAUUCGGAUGCGCAAAUGGUUACAACGAAAGACUUAUUCGGCCGUGUCGCUGAUGUGUUAUUCCAAAUCAUCAUAAACGGAGACAUAAGCGCGGUUUUAAACCUCCGCCUUGUCAACAAAUCAACAUAUGAGACGAUUGGAUCACUCGAGCCGCAUAUCUGCCGCUGGUUCAUGCGCCUGCACAGUAUCAAUGCUUUUGCUCCUCUUAUCACACUGGAUUCGCAGACAGGCGGCCAGCGACCUGUCACAGUGCACACACUCCCAAAGUUCAUCUACCGUCAAAGUACUGCAAGUCAAUUAGCGCGGCGUAUCAUUCCUUCUGUAUGGGGCCCGUACAUUGAUGACGGAAAUCCCGAGAUGGAUUACAAUGCUGAAUUGAAACUCGCACAAACACUCGAACGGGGAUUACAUGUGCUCUUUCACUUUGCAGAUGCCUACCAUGACACCGAGAUUCUGCAAGUGAAAGAUGGGGCGAAAUCAGCUACCUAUGGCCCUGGGCGGCGUCUAGUACUGACUUGGGGAUCGGACCUGUACGACGACCUUCUAGAGCAUAGGAGCCAAUCGAUGACAUUCGAUAAGAAUAUCGAUCAUAUCUACGCAGUGUUGGAAUGGGGUCAUGUGGAAGCGGAAAUCGGCAGGAAACGGCUUCGCUUGAGGAGCUAUCUUGAUGAACAGAAUGAAAUUGAUUUUCACGCUGCUCUACGAAUGCUGCGGGAGCUCAUGGAGCGCAUGCUUCUUAGACACGGCCCAAAGGAUUGGUAUCGAGAUGCAAAGAACGAGUACAGCCUGAUUUCAUGGUUCAUCCUGAAGCAAUCACCCAGAACGUUGGCGAAGCUUUUCCUAAGCCCUCAAGACGAAUGUUGUCAUCUGGAUGACAAGACUACUGAUGCUGGCGUCAGAGAGUGUCGCUUUGCGGAUCCCUUGGACAGUUACUGGAAGGAGUGGGAGAAUGACCUGGAGCUGCGAUGUCACGAUUGCGACUGUAGACGCCGCGUCCGGAGCUGGAGCGUGAAGCCGGCAGUGAUUGACGCUCGAGGGCGGGAAUUCGACCGAGCAGCGGAGAAGUAUCUAAAGGAGAUGUGGAGUCAAAGACAUAUUGGGCUCCACCACGCUUUUACCAUGGGUCACUUCAGUACAUUCUGACGUUUGUCAUAUAGAUAGUACCUACGGAGUUUGACAAUAGACUUAUCUCGCUGCGAGUCGAUUGAAAUUGGAGUAUUGGAGAUGUCACGUGAAGAUGUCCGACUGACCGCUGAUCACACCGCCGAACCGACC